GAACCUUCAGGCGGCGCCCCACUGUCUGAUUCCUAUCGCCUGAUUUCUGAUGAUUGUUGUCGAUUAUAUGGACUGAUUGGUUCUGUACGGCGGGCCCCCACACGUCAUGAAUUUGGCCACCAGGCGUGUCCGUAUAGCUUCCCGCUGUAGCCAGCAUACCUCAGUCAGCAGCCAACCUGCGUGCACAACAGCGCCGAGAAAUCACUUUCGACAUUAUCAUACUGAGGACUUCAGAAAGGCUCUCUGUAUAACGUCGUUAACAGCGGUGCCUUUUCUGAUUUUUCCUUUCGUGUAAAAAGGCAGCUCGUUUUCACAAUGGCGACAGCUGCCAGUGCUGGCAGCGGCCCGGACCCCGGAUCGGGCGCUGAGUUGGUCCGAGGACAGGUCUUCGAUGUCGGGCCUCGCUACCACAAUCUGUCGUAUAUCGGCGAGGGCGCCUAUGGAAUGGUGUGCUCUGCGUAUUGCCGUGACAACAAGGUCCGCGUGGCGAUAAAGAAGAUCAGUCCGUUUGAGCACCAGACGUACUGCCAGAGGGCUCUGAGAGAAAUUAAGAUCCUACUGCGCUUCAAACAUGAGAACAUCAUCAACAUUAAGGAAAUCAUCCGUGUGCCCUCCAUCGACCAGAUGAAAGACGUCUACAUAGUGCAAGACCUGAUGGAGACAGACCUGUACAAGCUGGUGAAGACUCAGCACCUGAGCAACGAUCACAUCUGUUACUUCCUGUACCAGAUCCUGAGAGGCCUGAAGUACAUCCACUCUGCGAACGUCCUGCACCGCGACCUCAAACCCUCCAACCUCCUGCUCAAUACCGCCUGUGAUCUAAAGAUCUGUGACUUUGGUCUGGCGCGUGUGGCUGACCCGGACCAUGACCACACAGGCUUCCUGACGGAGUACGUAGCGACUCGCUGGUACCGGGCGCCUGAGAUCAUGCUCAACUCCAAGGGUUACACCAAGUCUAUUGAUAUCUGGUCAGUGGGCUGCAUCCUGGCUGAGAUGCUCUCCAACAGACCCAUCUUCCCUGGGAAGCACUAUCUGGACCAGCUCAACCACAUCCUGGGUAUCCUAGGGUCUCCCUCCCAGGAGGAUCUGAACUGCAUCAUCAACAUCAAGGCCAGGAACUACCUGCUUUCUCUCCCGCAGCGCUGCAAGGUCCCCUGGAACCGCCUCUUCCCCAACGCCGACCCAAAAGCUCUGGACCUGCUGGACAAGAUGUUGACCUUUAACCCCAACACGAGGAUCGCGGUGGAGGCGGCUCUGGCUCACCCUUACCUGGAGCAGUACUACGACCCUACAGAUGAGCCUGUAGCAGAGGCUCCCUUCAAGUUUGACAUGGAGCUGGAUGAUCUACCCAAAGAGACCCUGAAGGAGCUGAUCUUUGAAGAGACGGCACGCUUCAAAGCAGUCUGCAGGUCCUAACCCAUACACACAGAUCAGACUCUGGACUCCUCUCUUCUCUCCACCUCUCCAUCAUGUGCUGUGGUUCCUCCUGUCUUCAGCGUUUCCUGUAUACUCCCUACCUCCCUCCCUCCCUACCUCCCUCAGUCAGUCAGACCACCAUGCUCAGGAACGGUGUCAGGAAUCAACCUCUCUCUCUCUCUCUCUCUCUCUCUCUCUGUAUAUCUCUCUUUCUCUCUCUCUUUCUCUCUCUCUCUC